UAUAUUAUUUAAUUUUCUCUUUAAACAAGAAUAAUACUUCAAUUUUUUAAAAUUGUACUAACUAAUUAUUAAGCAAGUGUACUAUUCGAAACCAUUUGUAGAAGAACAGCUAAUAGUGAUAAAAUAAAUCGUUGAACGUGUAGUUCUAGGAACUAACAGUUUUAUAUAUAUAUAUAUAUUUAACGUGUAUAUAUAUAUAACAAUUACAAAUUAUAUAUUGAUUAUUAUAUAAUAUUUAAGAACUAAAAUUUUUUACGAACGUAUAGUAACAGUGACUUAUGGAUUUUAUAAAAACAAGAAAAGAAAAUUAAAUUUUGCAACAAUGACGGAAUACAUAAUGCCGAUUCGAUAUGUCAGCAUGGAAGAAGAAUUUAAACGGAAUCCGGAGCUGAAGAUGUCGGAUCUGCAAAUGUUGAAGGACUGGAUGGACAAACAGCCGCAUCUGCCGGAUAUACCUAUAUUGUACCUCAUUAUAUUCCUGCAUAGCAACUACUAUCAUAUAGAGCCAACCAAAAGUACAAUAGAGAACUUUUUCACUGUAAGGUGGCGCAUGCCGGAAGUUUUCUACAAUAGAGAUCCAGUCGCAUGGAAGGAAUUGCGUAAGGCUUUCACCGUCGUAGCACUCAUACUGUUGCAACAGAGGACCAAAGAGAAUUAUAUAAUGAUUUUCGGCAAACUUCUGGAUACGAAUCCGAGUCGAUAUAACUACGUUGAAACUCUUAAAUAUCUAUUCAUGACAUGCGAAGUACAAAAUAUAACGGAGGGCACCAGCAGCGGGCAGGUCAUUGUCUUUGACGCGACGGGUUUCAGCUUAGGCCAUGUUGGCCGUAUGAAUUUGAUGCUGCUAAAAAAGAUUUUGUUCUUCGUACAAGAAGAAGGUGCUCCCGUUCGAUUGAAGGUUAUCCACGUGUUGAACGCUAUACCUGCGGCGGAAACAUUACUGAAUAUGCUUAAACCUUUUAUGAAGGCGAACUUGUUAAACAUUGUACAUUUCCACGCGAAUAUAAAGAGCGCGGAGGAAUUUUUGCCCAUCGAGGCUUUGCCGAACGAAAUGGGCGGAAAAGCAGGACCUUUGAAGGAUCUUGUUGACAUGAACAUUAAAUUACUGGAGGAAUUUCGACCAUGGUUUCUACAGGACGAAAGGAUCUUACGGGUGAACGAAUCUCUGCGUGUAGGCAAAUUCCAAGCGGCGGACGAUUUGUUCGGCGUGGAUGGUAGCUUUAAGAAGCUCGAGAUAGAUUAAUCGAUAUGAAGUGACAAAGAGUGUAUCGCCCUUACAUGUUAUUUGACAAUUGUUUUGACGGA